ACCCACAUCUAAAAAUUUACCAUAACAUCGACGCCCCUCUCUCUCUUUCUCUCUCUCUCACACACACACUCUCGGACGCGCACGCACACCCAGUUUUUGUCUACUUCCCAUCUCUCUCUCUCACUCACAGAAACACACACACACACACCACCGUCCUGCCACCUCAUUCCGGCGGUAUACUCACCGCCACCCAAAAACUAGUAGUUUUCUCCUUCCGCCGCCCAGCACCUGCAGCGCCGCCGCUGUUUCUCGGAAUCCCGUCAAGCUAAAAAAAACAAGAAAACAACCGUAAAAAAAAAAAAAAAACAGAAACCGAAUAUUUUGACCAGCGCCAGCCCCGCCCUGACACACGCACAUCCCGUCUUCAUUUUCCAGCUCAUUCUUCACGCCCCUCUUUCUUUCUUUCUCUCUCUAGAAUAUAAAAAUUGUAAAUUCCCACGAACGAUUCUUGAUUUCUUUUUCGUGUGUUUUGUUAGUUUUCGGUUUGACUAGCAAAGCGACCAGCUAAGCAGAGGAAAUAUGGCAGAGCUCGUACAAAAUCAAGUGGGUUGAAGUUGUUUGAAAUCUCUCCUUGGGUCUGAAUGUCUAAAGAAGAAUUAGUUCCGAAGACAUUCCGCGCUCUGGUGGAGAGCGCGGAGCGGAAAUUCGCGCGGGUACGCGACGCGCCGCUGCAUCCGUUCUGCGGGAGCGGGCCGCAGUACGGGCAUUUCUACCACAAGGUUUUCAAGGCGUACAUGCGGCUAUGGAAGUAUCAGCAGGAGAAUCGGGCCAAAUUGAUGGAAUCAGGGCUCCAGCGCUGGGAAAUUGGGGAGAUCGCUUCCAGAAUCGGUCAGCUCUAUUUCAACCAGUAUUUGAGGACUAGCGAGGCGAGGUUUCUUCUCGAGGCGUACAUAUUUUACGAGGCGAUUUUCCAUAGAAAGUAUUUUGAAGGUUCGGCCAAGGAUCGAGGGGUUAGGUUUAAGGAAUUAAGGUUUUAUGCUAGGUUUUUGAUGGUUUCUUUGAUUCUGAAUCGUACGGAAAUGGUGAAGCUGCUCGUCGAAAAGUUUAAGGAGCUCGUCGACGACAGUAAAGUUAAUUUCCGGGACACCAACUUCAAAGAAUGGAAGCUGGUGGUGCAAGAAAUUGUGCGGUUCACGAAAGCUGAUCCAGCCUUCAUGAAUGCUAGACCACUGCGUUAUACUGCAAUGUUCGAUUCAUAUCCAGCCUCACUCCCGUACGUGGCCCGGUUCCAUGCUAAGAGACUUCUGAAGUUUAGAGAUGCAUUGCUGACAAGCUAUCGCAAAAACGAGGUAAAAUUUGCAGAACUGACUUUAGACACUUUCAGAAUGCUGCAAUGUUUGGAAUGGGAACCUACUGGAUCUUUCUACCAGAAACAUCCUGUUGAAUCAAGAGAAAAUGGUGUAUUGGCAGAUCAUUCUAUUACUUCAGGAUUGAUAGAUAUAAAUUUGAUGGCAGAUAUGACAGAUCCAAAUUUGCCUCCAAAUCCUAAGAAAGCUAUCCUGUACCGUCCAUCUGUGACACAAUUACUCGCUGUGAUUGCAACAGUAUGUGAGGAACUGCCACCAGAUAGUGUUAUGCUAAUAUACUUGUCGACGUCAGGGAAUUCUUGUCAUUGUAGUAAUUCUCAAACGGAGAACUCUGGAACAUCAAGAAAAUGUACCGUGCACAGUGCCCCUGCCAACAGCUAUCAUGAACAGAGGAAUGGUUUUGGUGAAAAUCAUAUUACAACUAAGGCUGCCUCAAAUCAAUAUUUUGAGAAUUAUUUGUUGUUAGGUCCAAGUAAAAAUGGAGGUCCAAAUAUCCUCUUCCCUGGUGAUAUAAUUCCUUUUACGAGAAGGCCCCUUUUCCUGAUCAUAGAUAGUGAUAAUAGCCAUGCAUUCAAGGUUCUACAUGGAGCAGAAAGGGGUGAACCUGCUGCCUUAUUUCUUUCCCCCUUGAGGCCUUCAUUCAAGAAUCAAAGUGGUGUUGAUGUCGCGCAGCAUGGGAGUCAGUUUACCUUCUUCCUGGCUGCUCCUUUACAGGCUUUCUGCCAAUUAGUUGAUCGUAACUUUACCAGUGAUGACAUGGAGAUAUAUGACACCACGGAAAGCAUUAUUGCCACUGCUUUCUCUAAGUGGGAGGAGAUUCUCUGUACUUCAACUGACCUGGAUUUGGUUUGGGCUCAACUUCUGUGUGAUCCAUUUCUACGGCGGCUUAUUCUUAGAUUUAUUUUCUGCCGUGCUGUACUCACUCUGUUUAGCUUACGAGAGAAAGGCGACCGAUAUUUUCCUGUUUGCAUUCCUGAACUCCCCAAUUCAGUAGCUGUCGACUCCAAAGCCGUGCAACCAGCAAUCUCCCAACUUGCAAGUCAUCUUAAGGUUACAGAUUGUUUUAGCUUUUCAUAAAUACUUACAGACAUGUAGCAGAAAAUUGUAUAUUAAAGUGCGAUAAUCUGCCACCUUCCGUUGGGAUAAAGACUCCAACACACUUACCACCAUUUGAGCAGACUACAAGAAGAUCUGUCAAAUUCGAAGAAAAUUCAUGGAAUAUAAUGGUGAUUGAUAGAAUGCUUUCUAUGAAGCAUCACCAUCUGCUCAAUCUAGAAGGCAGCGGUCAUGUUUUCGUGGUUAAUUUCUUCAUGGGAGAACAUUUCAUGCAUAGUGUGGAUGAAUGGUUUAUUAGCUUAUGGGCGUUUCUUGGCUUUUAUAGUUGUUACUUUAUUACAAAAUUGAGGUGUAAUUUGUUCAUACCUUUUGUAAAUUAGGUUGGAGUAGCUGUUGAGGUUUUUCCUUUUGUAGUUUUUCUUGUGGAUUUGGAAUGUGGAUGCAUAGCUGUUGGAAGUUGGAACUCUAAGAUACGCUUUACUAAAGUGAAUUCAGAUGCUCAUGAUGAUUCAUUUUGUA